AUGAUUGGGCACGUGGAGACUCUGGGACAACUAGGAUUUCCUCUGGGUCAAGAGUUGGCCACAGAUUUAGUUCUGCAGUGGCUGCCUAGCAGUUAUACUCAGUUCAUCAUGAAUUAUAAUAUGAGCGAGCAUAACAAACCAUUGGGUGAACUGCUCAACAUGUUGAGAACUGCGGAGCAGGAUAUCAGCAAGGGAAAGCUAGUUCUGAUGGUCCAGGGGACCAAGAAAAAGGGCAAGGGCAAGAACAAGGACAAGAAGGCUAAGGGCGCAUCCAAGUAUGACUCGGGUGCAUUGAAGCCCAAAGCCAAGGUGGCAAAGGAUGACUACUGCUUCCACUGUGGCAACACUGGACAUUGGAAGCGGAAUUGCAAGAUAUACCUGGAGGAGUUGAGGAAGAAGAAGGGAAGACCUAAGGAACAAUAG